GUACACCCUCAACAACAGUUACUUUUUCGGAAACUUUUGACCAGCGCAAACCUCCUAAAAAUACAGUAAAUUGUUUUUUCGUGUAAACAGCCGAUGGACAUAUCAGUGCGGAGUUUUGGCGCGUCGCGGCAGACAUUGUGACACUUUCAACGGUCCAGACUGUAUCAUCUGCUUUGUUUGUUUACAUGGUGAAAAAGCUGACAAGCUAACGUUAGCAACCUAGCUUGGCAUAACCGAGUCAUAUGAGCUGAUAAUUAUCCUCAAGCUUUGUCCUCAUGAAUGAAACUUAACAUUAGCGAAGGAGCCAAACGUACCUGUGCAUUAGUGGAGGGUUGUGUCGGAUCGCAGUGUGCCGGUGAAAGUGUAACAAUGCGGAGCUAACGUUAAAUAUGUCUAGCGUCUGUUAAAUUGUUUUGUCACUGUACCUGCGGUGGUUUUAAAGGCCCGACAGCGUCUUCAUGUCAAGAUGCCUUGUUCCUGCGGGAACUGGAGAAGAUGGAUCAGGCCGCUGGUUGUUGUUUUGUAUAUUUUGCUGCUGUUAGUCGUCCUGCCCCUGUGUAUCUGGGAGCUGCAGAAGGCAGGGGUUGGCGUUCAUAAUAAAGCAUGGUUCAUCGCUGGGAUAUUUGUCUUCAUGACCAUACCUAUAUCAUUAUGGGGCAUCCUCCAGCAUCUGGUUCACUACACUCAGCCAGAGCUUCAGAAACCUAUCAUCAGGAUAUUAUGGAUGGUCCCAAUCUACAGCUUGGACAGUUGGAUUGCAUUAAAAUACCCCGGUAUAGCAAUUUAUGUGGACACAUGCAGAGAGUGCUACGAGGCCUAUGUCAUCUAUAACUUCAUGACCUUCUUGCUGAACUACCUGGAGAAUCAGUACCCCAGCCUGGUGUCAAUGCUGGAGGCCCAGGAGCAGCAGAAACACCUACCCCCUCUUUGCUGCUGCCCGCCCUGGCCAAUGGGAGAGGUUUUGCUGUUGAGAUGCAAACUGGGAGUGUUGCAGUACACAGUUGUAAGACCCGUCACAACAGUGAUUGCCUUGAUCUGUCAGCUGUGUAACGUGUAUGAUGAAGGUAACUUUAGUUCCAAAAAUGCGUGGACGUACCUGGUCAUCUUCAACAAUAUGUCACAGCUGUUUGCCAUGUACUGCCUGGUGCUGUUCUACAGGGCUCUGAGAGAGGAGCUGAGUCCAAUCAAACCUGUUGGCAAAUUCCUUUGUGUCAAAAUGGUGGUGUUUGUCUCUUUCUGGCAAGCUGUGUUCAUUGCUUUGCUGGUGAAAGUGGGUAUUAUCUCAGAAACACGUACAUGGGACUGGAACAGUGUGGAGGCUGUAGCAACUGGCUUACAGGAUUUUAUCAUCUGUGUGGAGAUGUUUCUGGCUGCCAUUGCCCAUCACUUCAGCUUCACCUACAAGCCUUACAUCCAGGAGGCUGAGGAGGUUUCAUGCUUUGACUCCUUCAUGGCAAUGUGGGACAUCUCUGAUGUCAGAGCAGACAUUUCUGAACAAGUCCGAAAUGUUGGGAGGACAGUCAUGGGUCGUCCAAGGAAGUCGUACUUUGGCGAGGCGCAGAAUGAUGGUGAGCGAUCUGGCUUGCUCUCUUCAGCCUCCCAAGAUGCCAUCUCAGAGGCGGUACCCAACGCCGUAUCACCCAAAGGUCAAUACGAGGGCCUGGGCAGAACCCCAACACCGCACUCCCUGUCAGCCCCCGCCGGGCUCAGCUCGGCCCCGUGGGAUGAAGGAUAUGAGGCUGGUGCUGAAGAAACACAGGAAGAAGAAAGGACCAACCAAACCAAAGAAGUGACAGAGGCAGAUCUCAUCGUGAUCACUUAGCCAACAGACUACAGCAGACAUGGUUGGGCAGGACCCAAUUAUAGCCUUGCCAUUUUCCUUCAGACAUUACUGGACUGAUGAAACAUUAAAUAAGCUGUUUGAAAGGCACAUCAACCAAGUGAUAGUACACGUUUGCCAACAAAUGCAAAACCAGACGGACCUCUCUGCCAGUGACAGCUCCAAGAAUGUUCAGUGAAGUUGUGGCCCUGAAUGACUUUAGAUAACGUGCAUUUUAUGCCGUUUUGUUAUAGUUAGGAGUUAUGUGGCUCGUGGUCCUCUGCCAAAAUGGGUUUAAUUAUGAUUGGAAAGUCGUUCGGUUGGUUUUAACGUGCAUCCCAAAGAGCACACUAGUUUCUUGAGAUGAGACGCCACAUAACGCCUCCUGAAGUCUGAGUGAAGUUUCCAUGUGUGUCCUUUCCUGUUAUUACGCACUAUUUCUGGUGUCGUCUUAGUCAUAACAUGAUUUCAGAUAUGACAGAUUAUAAAGAGAAAUAUGCAAUUUUAAAAUACAAAUGUUUUCUUUGCUUUAUAAUGUAGUUUAUAGUGAUCUUUUUUUAAGAUUAUUUUUGGGGCUUUUUUUGCCUUUAUUGACAGGAUGGCUGAAGAUAGACAGUUAACAUGGUAGAGAGAGAGGAAAUGACAUAAAGCAAAGGGCAGUGGGCCGGAAUCAAACCCAGGCUGCUGCAAAGGCCUCACCCUUCAUGGGGCACACACUACCUGGUAGACUAGAGGUUGUUUGGAUUGAAACAAUUUUAAAUCAAAAUAUGAUAUUGAAGCACAUUACAUUUCCAGAAGCAUCUUUAGGUAUUUUUUUUAACUGUUAAAGAUGUGUGAAAAGAGCUGACGCAACAAAGGUUUUGGGAUGCGCAGGUAAAUGUAUUAUUAUUAACACUAAACUGUUUCAGUGGAGACUUUAAAUUGAGGAGAGUGCUAAAAGUUGUGUCCUGACUUUGUGACACCACUACAAAAUCAACAUGAAAGGUUCAGUGUGUAGAAUUUAGAGCAGCUAUUAGCAAAAAUGGAAUUUAAUAUUCAUAACUAUGAUUUUAUUAGUUUAAUAUCACCUGAAAAUAAGAAUCGUUGUGUUUGCGUUACCUUAGAAUGAGCCAUUUAUGUCCUCAGACGUAGUCCACCUGUUGUUUCUACAGUAGCCCAGAAAGAGAGGGUCAUUUGCAUUGUUCCCUGUAGUUCUCUUACAUGCUUGGCAUAAGUUUCAGUUUUACAACCUCACUAAAUCCUACACACUAGACCUUUAAUACAAUGUAUUUCCAAGGGAUAUGGCAGAUACUACAAGUACAAACAAGUAUUAAAAUAACAAACUCAAUUCAGUCAGUUGCAAUCAGCACAUUCUAGUAAAUUUAUAUCAAUGCUUUCAUUCAUACAGCUCACUCGAAAUAUCUGGGUUGAAUAGAAAUUUAUUCAUUAGUCUUCUCAGAUGCCUUUUUCUAUGUGCCGUUGAUCUAGUGUAUUCACCACAUCAAUUUAGCUUUUAUAUUGCAGAAUUAGUUUAAUUUAAUGAGGUGUUUUCCAUCAUUUUUAGACUUUAAGAUGAAGUUACUUUGCAGCUAUUGUACUUAAGCCAUUUACUUUUUCCCACAGAUUUUCUGGGCUCUUUUGUCAUCGUGACUUACUUGGAUUCGUGCAGGGAUAUUGACAUGUUCAAUGUACAGUGUAGGAUAUCAGUUUGUGUCAGAAAAAAAACAUUAAACGUAUUAAAUCACAAGCAUAAUCUGUAUCAUAUUGAGAUAGAGAAUGUUGCAUUGCCUUACAUGAUUUUAUUUUAUUUUUUUAAAUAAGACUGAGCUGAUGUUAAUGGUUCCACAUUUUAAUUGAAUUCCAUCUCUGACAGUCUCUUCAAUAAAUCAGAUUAAUAACA